AUGUCGGGAUGCUCCUUGGAAGCAAAUGCCCCCGAGGAAGAGUUUUGGAUCAAGUCGAACAAGCUUUACAGCGAGGAGUCGAUUUUGUUCCCACCUGAUUUAUAUGCCCCCAAUUACCAACCGACUCAAAGGCAUCCCCGGCGACACGAGGAUGAAUUUGUGCGGCAGGGAAGCCGCUUUCGGCCUCUAGAGCUCAGCAUAUACAUGCCAGACCGCCGCAUAUCGCCCAUUUUACCACACUUUGAGUUUCCUCGAAUCAUUACACCUCCACCUCCACCAGCAUACCGUGCAGAGCGAUCUGAAGACGAUCACCGGGUUUCUCGCCAGCGUAGUUAUUCCUCCAUGUCAUUUCAUGUUCCACGGCGGCAUCCUGUCGAUAUCUCCCCGUCUGCUGCGCAAGACGAACUUCCUCCGCAAAUCCCAGCCAAAUCCAAGUACCGACGCCGUGCCUACACUGCCCCGGAGGUAGAUGCUAUCAAAGAGCGUGUUGCAAGUGCCUUGAUCGAAGUAGAGAUGCUCCAGAAGCAGAUUGACGAUGUCAUUGAGAGACAAAGUAUCUACGCAAGCAGUCGGCCAUCAACAUCGCAUUCGAUGGCACGCACCAUACCUGAGUUGGAGCCCAUGCCGUCUAUACCUGCUCUGCCACCCGCAGCUCCGUCAUUCGCAGAGCGCCUGAAUGCAGAUAUAGAGCGACCUCAAACUGCGCCUCUCAAGAUAUCAAAGACUUUAAACUCAGAUUACAGGAAGGCAUCUGAAGAGGGCAUCAAGACCACCCUGCAGCAGACCCAGGAGGUACGCGAGCAGCAGCCGCUCCCGCCGCCAUUGCCCCUUGUUCUUCGACCACCAUUGCGGAAGAAGAAGUCAUUUUCUCGCGUGUCAACGUGGCUCUUUCCUGGUCAAGAGCAGGGUAAAAAUGGAAGCUUUGAGUCAGUGACCAACAGGCCCAGGCCGGUGAAGAACAGCGAAGGGUUUUACCAAAUCGUCUCGGCAGAUGGCACAGUAGGACACCGAAGCUGCGAAUCAAUUGAUAGCAUGUCGACUUGGGACACCGAAGACGAAGAACGCUCGCCGCCGACAACUUGGUCCCCGCAAAGUACGCCGGCGUCCAAGCAGGGAGAACAGACUACGAUAGAGCGCAGGGCAACGUUUGGCAAGAAUGACGCCAGGCUCGGGAAGCCACCGGUUGGCGUCGCGGUUUAA